UAUGAUAAGAGCAAAGACCCCAACACUCAGAAGAUCAAUGAAAUCAUUUUUGUGCCACAAAUGGAGCUCGAAGUCAUUGAAUACAGCAGUACUGCUGAGACCACUAAUGCCAUAGAAUCUCUAUCGUAUACGAACAGCAAUGACAGCAAUAGUCAGAACAAAAACGGCGACAAAACGCUGAUCGCGUGCGAUAUCUGCGGCAAGAACUUCAGCAAACACUACAUCCAAUCUCAUCGGCGGUCGCACACCGGCGUCAAGCCCUACAAGUGCUCGUACGGCGGGUGUGAGCGCACGUUCACUCAGACCAGUUCACGCAAC